CCGUCCUCCACUCUUCCGGUCGUCGACCUGAGAUCAGCUGCUUUGGCAUUGAUUCCAAAACUCUUCCCUUCUCUCGAUGAUCAUGGCAACCGGCCGAGAAUGCGUCGUCUGUGCCGAAACGAAGCCUGCCGAGGCAUUCCCUGGCGCACCGCUGACGAGUGGUUGCCAACACGCUCCGAGAAGUUGCAUCGACUGCAUUGCAACGUCCAUUCGUGGGCACAUUCAGGCCAAGAUUCUGUCUGACGUUCCGUGCCCCGAGUGCGCCGGCACCAUGUCGUUCGAAACCAUCCAGCGAUACGCCGACGCCGAGACUUGUCAGCGAUACGAUGAGCUGUGUCUGCAUCGCCUCAUGCAGGAGGAUGGCAGCUUCGUGUGGUGUGCGGCCGGUUGUGGAAGCGGACAGAUCCACGAGGGCGGGACUGAUCAGCCCAUCGUCAAGUGCGCUGGAUGCGGCAGCAAGACUUGUUUCGCGUGCAAGGUUCCGUGGCAUGUCGGCAUGACCUGCGCCGAGUGGACCAAGUUCGAGGCUCCUACCGGUACGUCGAAUGAAACCCCGACAGAGAUACUCAACAGGCGGGCCUGGGAGUUGCGAGCGAGUAAGGCAACCAUUGAGCGGACGACCAAGCCGUGUCCCAAAUGCAAAUGGAACAUUGAGAAGAACGGCGGAUGCGGUCAUAUGACGUGCUCCCGCUGCAAGUACGAGUUCUGCUGGGGUUGCCUCAGGUUGUGGACUGGAAGCCAAUUGUGCUGUGGUCUUUGGGUGCGGUAUUAGUAGUAGAUUGGAUCUCCGAAUUGGCUCCUGUUGAUUUCCUUCCAUUUCACACCCUCCUCGUCUAGUUCCGUGGCGGUUCAGUUUGGAGUUGCAGGUUUGCUGAUAGUUCUGAUGGCUUACAACCCAGGCAUCAAGUGCCUGCACCAGUUUUGUUGGGAAUGCUUGGCGGAUUUCAAAGUGAUCAAAAGGACAGACAACAAUGCACAUGAAGAGGACUGUCCGUUCCAUAC